UGACAUCGCCUCCUGUGCUGAGCCUGGGUUCAUCUGUGCUGAGCCUGACAUCACCUCCUGUGCUGAGUCUGGGAUCGCCUCCUGUGCUGAGCCUGGGUUCAUCUGUGCUGAGCCUGACAUCACCUCCUGUGCUGAGCCUGACAUCACCUCCUGUGCUGAGCCGGGGUUCACGUCCCCUGAUGUGCUUCGUGGCAACCCUCCUGAAAGGGGCCCUGGUGAUCCCCAGCUCACAACCCUAUGGAGCCAGUGUUUGCUAAGAGGCGUUUCAGUUUGGUGACUUCGACAUGCCAAGCCAAGAGAAUUGAACAGAUUCCACCAAAUUUGGCUAUGGGAGUGGUCUCCAGUGUUCUUGGUGGCUCACUCCUGAAAAGCUUGGGACUCUGGACUCUUGGACUCUUGCCUGCAGUGCCCCCGCUCCUGUGUCUGCUUCUCUCUGAGCUGCCUGGGGCUGUCUCCAGGAGUCACAUGGGACCUGAGGUGAGGAGGACCAGUCCCAUCCCUGAUUGGGGCUAGGGAGGGUUUCCUAGCACCCGGGAGCUUCUGGGCCAGGUUUCUGGGCCUGGGAACUACAGUGGAGCCUGUGGUUUUCUUUGACUCUGGGAGAUUCUGGGGGAGCUGGGGGGCGUCAAUUGAGAGAGCCCAUCUCUAGGAUGAGUGGCCAGCGGGGUGGACAUAACAGACCACAGCCUCCCAGGGCCUGCCUCCUGGUGGUGGCUCAGGACAUCACCCCUGGGCAGGUGAGAAAGGUGAGAGGCACUUGCCCUACAGGGGGGCUUCUGCAGGCCCUUCCCCUGCUCUUCCUCCACCACCGUCUCCAGCUCCCUGUGGCCUUUAGCCAUGUUCUGGUUGGGGUUUCUCAGCAGCGGGGCUGGGAGCCCCUGAGGGAAAUGCCUUCCGGUCUCCACUCCUGGGGAGAGGGGCCCGUCCCGUCCUCUGCCAGAGCCCACACAGCGCAGGAUUCAGAGGCCAAGGACAAGUUCCAUGUUGGAGGAGGCUGGACAGGGUGCUCUGGGGUCCAAGGAGAUUGCCUGGCACUGGAGCUGCAAGCUGACCAAGGUGUGGCUUCUCCAUCUCCAGGGGACCCACCUGCUGCUGCUGCUGCCCCUUGUUCCCUUCAGAGCUUCCUGAGGGGGUGGGAGCCUGGGGGUGGGCCCUGUCCCAGCAGGCCAGGCAGGGCUCCAGCUGUAACAGCCCCUGGCUCUGAAGCCGCCCAGAGGGCUCCUUCCUGUCACAUAGUGUGGUUUUCAAGCUCCGGGCUCCAAAGCCAGCCCUGCAGGACCCGGAUGGACCUGGCCUCUGCUGACAAACACCAGGGGAGAAGGUGGCAGCGACCUGGGGGCACCCCUGAGCCUGAGCAUGGCCGGAGCCCCUGGCCAAGGCAGGCCUGGAGAGUGCUGCUCCCUGAGAAGGGAGCUAGCAGCUGGCCUCUGCGUGCGGAGGGUGAUUCCAGCAGCCUGUCCGUCCACUCCUACUGCCCAGGAGAGGAGCGGAGGCUGUGCAGGCGGGUGCCAACCCUCCCCUGGGCUGGUGGGCGCCACCCUUCCCGAGAGCUCUGCCCAGGAGGGGAAACCGAGGCUGAGACGCGCCAGGCCCCAAGCGGGAGGGAGGGGCUCCCUCCUGGCCUCUCUGCAGGCGGGGCCUCAUGUCAUCUGAUGGGCUGCCGUCCCCUCCCAUCCCCUCCUGCCCCCAGCUCCGUGCAUCCUGCCCUGUUCCCAGAAGCCCCAGGUGCCUCUCCCCUCAGGGGCUCUUCGGAGGCCUGGCCAUCAGCCCCCAGCCUCCUCUUUGUCCCUCCCACGAAGCCCAUAGCAGCGCUUUCUCCACGGCUGGGUGAGUUCUGAAAUUCUCUUUCCAUUAAAAAUAAAUGCCCCAUUUUAUCUGCCUGAAAUGGCUGCACUCUCUGAUUGUCUUUUCCACGGUGCCAUAUAUGGAGAACUAUAAAAUCAUAAUACAACUAUUAAUCCCCUGUAUCUGCUUGUACCUAAUUUUUAUUAAAAAUAUCCUGUGUUCCA